AUGAGAACUCCGACUGACCUGCAGCUCCUUCCGGAGGCCCGAAGUCCAACAGAACCCCUGGUGGUUCUGCCGGAUGUCCCUCCCGGCUGCCGUACCGUUAAAACGCUGAGCUCCGCGCUUUGGUGGCGAAUCCUCCACCGUGCAUACGUCACGUCACCGGUGACGUACCGCCGCGCUGACCAGCUAACGGUUAGCCCCGAGCCGCUACAGCGUCAGCUGCCCGUAGCAACCGUCCGUCUCCGUUAUGUUCCGGGUAGCAACGGAGGACAGCAACAAAGGUUCCGCCGGAGGAGUAGCAGAGACUCCUCCAGUCCGUUACGUCUGUCCCUCUGUGUCCCCAGGGGGUCCAGGGACUCCUCCGAAGGGGCCCAAUCAGGAGACGGGGUUCCGAAGGAUGGGACCCGCUGGCCCGAGCAGGACUGCAUGCAGCUGAACCCGUCCUUCCGCGGCAUCGCCAUCAACUCGCUGCUCGCCAUCGACAUCAGCCUGUCCAGGCGUCUGGGCGUGUGCGUGGGGGCCCACGGCCCCGGGGCCCCGCUGCGCCCCAUGGUGGCCCUGCUGGCCUUCUCUGGACAUGCGCUGCCCUGGCUCUGCGGGACGCUGCUCUGCCUUUGGCGCAGCAACUCGCUGGCGGGACAGGAAGUCCUGGUCAACCUGCUGCUGGCCCUGCUCUUGGACCUGAUGACCGUGGCGGGCGUGCAGAAGCUGGUGCGGCGCCGCGGGCCGUGGGACGCCCCCCCAGGGCUCCUGGACCGCGUCGCCCUGGAUGCGUACUCGUUCCCCGCCGCCCACGCCAGCCGGGCCGUCAUGGUGUCCCGCUUCCUGCUGAACCACCUGGUGCUGGCGGUGCCCCUGCGGAUCCUGCUGCACCUGUGGGCCGUCCUGGUGGGCGUGUCCCGCGUCCUGCUGGGGAAGCAUCACCUGUCGGACGUCGGCUGCGGCUUCGCGCUCGGAUUCCUGCACUUCAGCCUGGUGGAGUCCGUCUGGCUCGACUCGGCCGCCUGCCAGGCGCUGCUGGCCAUCGGCUCUCUGGACUGGGCGCCACUGGUGUAGAGGGCGCCACACCGGAGCCGGACCGGAGCCACACUGGAGCCGGACCGGAGCCGGACCGGAGCCGGACUUUAACAGGACUGGUUCCAGUCCGGCUUUCUUGCUGCCUCUGACUGUUCUUUGCGUUGGAAAGGUUCUGGUCGGGAUCGGCUGGCUGGACUGAUGUAACUGGUAAAAACUGCUUACAAUCUGGUUCAGACCCAGUUUGGACCGGUUUGUGUAGAUAAAACAGGAAGCAGAACUUUGGGGAGGGGCAGGGACUAAAUCUGCUCUGAACCAGUUUGAACUGGUUCAGUCCAGUUCAGCAGGGUCAACCUUUUGGUUCGGUUCUGGUUAAACUGGGCCGGGUCAGAAACAGGAAGUGACUCUGGCUGGACUUCCUGUUUCCACUUAAUAAAACAUCAAAUGUUCUCCAGAUCUGCA